UGGGAGGGACCAGCUGCUGGACAUAUAUAGGCAAGGAAUGGCAGCUUCCCAUUGGCUGCAUAUUCUGCUCAUUACGUAUUACGUCAAACCCCGGAGCAGCUUCUUCAUUACUUUGUUCCCAGGCUCUCCACCGGCUGCCAUCCCAGGGCUAACAGCCAUACUUCUCGCUAACUCCGGCUGAACCAAUGCUAUUCUGGUCUCUGCAUGGAUUUACGCAACAAAUGUGCCAGUCACAAUAUGGCGGAGCGUCUGCACGUUAUACUUUCCCCGUCUCCUUACGCCAACAACGUCACGUGAUUAUCAGUUGCCAUGGAAGCUCAGGCUUUUCGGAGACGCUUCUGGUGUUGAUGAACUUUCUUCUAGCAUGUGUUCCCGUUCCUCUGUGUAACACUGCCACGGAAGCAUGGGAAAAAUGAAGAAAAAAGACAGCAAAAAGGGAGAGAGAGAGAGAUCUGCACAAGAAACCUCUGAUGAAGGCAGCUUCAAGAUAUCUCCAGGUUCAAUCACUCCAUCUGAUGAACAACAUUCCUCUUCCAUGAAAUCUAUUCCCCAGGAAGAACAUGUGAAGCAGACUGAGCCUCCUGUUGUGUCGCCUUCAACAGAUGUGUAUGAGGAACCUGUGCUAACUCAACUUAUUGUUGAAAAAUAUGAAGGAGAAUUACUAAAUGGAUUGUAUGAAAGGGAAGGUGUUGCAUAUUUUAAAGGUGGAAAUAUGUAUACAGGCAUGUUUUCUGAAGGGACAAUGCAUGGCAAAGGAACAUACACAUGGAAAGAUGGACUGACAUUUGAGGGAGAUUUUUACAUGAACUUUCCCAUGGGACAUGGUGUAUAUAAAUGGCCUGAUGGCAGCCGAUAUGAAGGAGAAGUGCAUAAGGCAAUCAGACAUGGGCAUGGCAUUUACACAUCCAGUAAUCAGCAGGUUUCAUAUGUUGGAGACUGGCAUAAAGGCACUCGGAAUGGGAAGGGAGUUAUUUACUAUAAUAAAGAGGGAACCUCAUGGUAUGAAGGAGACUGGAUAUCUAACAGGAAGGAGGGCUGGGGAGUACAGUGCUUUAGCUCUGGCAACAUUUAUGAAGGCCAAUGGAAAAACAAUACAUUUCAUGGGAUGGGGAAAAUGAGAUGGCUAACGUCAAAUGAAGAGUAUGCAGGGCACUGGGAAAAUGGCAUCCAGAAUGGUUCUGGGACCCACACUUGGUUUUUAAGGAGGAUUGCAGGUACACAGUACUCACUCAGGAAUGAGUAUGUUGGAAACUUUGUCAAUGGCAUACGCCAAGGGCAGGGGCAAUUUUAUUAUGCAAAUGGUGCUAUGUACGAUGGAGAAUGGAAUAAUAACAAGAAGCAUGGACAGGGAAAGUUUAUCUUUAAGAACGGGCAGAUUUACAUUGGAGAAUUUGUGGAGGAUCAGAUAGCCGAGUAUCCAAAUUUUAAGUACGAUCGAGUGAAUACUCCAGAUCUGAGUGGUAUCCGGACACAGAGUUCCAUGAAUUUGGCAAGAAGUGGUACAUCCAGAUAUAAUACAGGCAUUCCAAGUUUAUCGGGGUCAUACAUUGAGCUCGACUUAUCGGCAUUGUUAUACUCAUUUCCGGAGGAGGACAGGCAAGAAGAACUGAAGCAGGUUGAAUAUGCUGUUCUACGGAACCUCACAGACCUGCGCAAGAUCUACAAAUUGUACAGCCAGCUUGGAAGUGAUGGCUCCCCUGACAAUACUCUUCUCAUGACAAAGCUGCAGUUCUGGAGAUUUCUGAAAGAUUGCAAGUUGCAUCACUACAGUAUCACACUUUCUGAAAUGGAUCGUAUCCUAACCGUAGAGAAUACGGAUACUGAAGAGGUUCAUUCACCCCAUUCCACGAUGCUUCUUCGAACCUUUUUGACUAACAUUGUCUACUUAGCGUAUCACAUCUGUCAAACGGGAAACCAAGAGAAGAACAUUUCCCUUGCUGACUGCUUUACAAAAGUCAUGACGCAGAAUAUCCGGCCUCAUGCAACUAAUAUCACAGGGUUUUUGUUUUCUGAUGCCCAGAAGGCAUCCUACGCCAUUUCUUAUAUUGAAAAGUCUUGGGAAGUCUACAGACUCUAUUGCACGCCAAACCCUUUCCACCCCUAUGAACCUACCAUGAAAAUGAGGCACUUUCUCUUGCUAAUGAAUGAUCUAAAAAUCCCAGGACUGACCGCUACAAACAUUGUUGACAUUUUAGCAACAGAUGACCCAUGUGUGCGUAUUGACCAGGAAGUCAACCUGGAAUUGGAGCUAACGUUUCUUGAGUUCUUUGAAGCGCUCCUUGGCUGCGCUUCCAUAUGUGUUCCUGAAGAGCAAAUACAGCAGUCGGAGAAUAAAUUGCUGAAGGGAGAUGAGCCGAUUGGAGAAGUCACCACUUAUCUAAAAGAAGACCAACCAGAGCAUUCCUUUCAGGCUGAUUUUCUGCAGGACCUGUUUCUGAGAAGCUCCAUAAACCUCAAGGAUAAAAGGCAGAGCCCUUCUAUGCCAGUCUUUUCUACAAAGAAGCAGCAUAGAGAGGCCAGAGCAGAGAAGUGGUUCCAUCAGACUGAUAUAUUUUUCCUGAAGAAGUUCUUCCCAGCACAUGAACACAAAGAACGACUGAAAGAGGAAAUUCCCAAAAUCAGAGAGCGGCAGGCUGAGAAGGCCAGACAACAACAGAUAAAAGAAGAGGAAGAAGCAAGACUAAAAGCAGAAAGGGAGGCAGAAGAGGCCAGGAGGAUUGAGCAGGAGAAGUUAGAAAAGGCCAAUGCUCUGAUGGAAGCAGAACAUGCAGCACAGGCACAAGGAGAAGAACAGAGUCCCCAGCCUCCCCCCACUCCUCACGACGACUCUCUGAUUAUCCCACCACAGCCUGGCACAAAGACUGCAACUGCAAGCAGAAAGAAGAGGAAAUGAGGUUUCAAAUUAUGCUCCUAGAAAAUGUAAAAUGUUUCAUAUACAUA